GCCGGGGCCGGGGCCGGAGCGGAGCCGGAGCCGAGCCCGGGGUCGGGCCCGGGGAGCCGGGCGGAGAGCAGCCAUGGCGCCGCGCAGGGCCGGGGCCCGCGCCGCUGCGGGCGGCCUGGGCGCCGAGUAGCCGGGCCGGGCCGGAGCGCGGGCGGAGGCGGCGGCGGAGGCAGCUGCGCCCGCGCCCCCCGCCCUCCCAGGCCCCGCGCCCCGCGCCCGGGCCGCCGGCGAUGGUGACACAUGCGGCGGCGGCGCGCCGGCGGCAGGACCAUGGUUGAGCGCGCCAGCAAGUUCGUGCUGGUGGUGGCGGGCUCAGCGUGCUUCAUGCUCAUCUUGUACCAGUACGCGGGCCCGGGGCUGAGCCUGGGCGCGCCCGGCGGCCGCGCGCCGCCCGACGACCUGGACCUCUUCCCCACGCCCGACCCGCACUACGAGAAGAAGUACUACUUCCCGGUGCGCGAGCUGGAGCGCUCGCUGCGCUUCGACAUGAAGGGCGACGACGUGAUCGUCUUCCUGCACAUCCAGAAGACCGGUGGCACCACCUUCGGCCGCCACCUCGUGCAGAACGUGCGCCUCGAGGUGCCCUGCGACUGCCGGCCCGGCCAGAAGAAGUGCACCUGCUACCGGCCCAACCGCCGCGAGACCUGGCUCUUCUCCCGCUUCUCUACGGGCUGGAGCUGCGGGCUGCACGCCGACUGGACCGAGCUCACCAACUGCGUGCCCGGCGUGCUGGACCGUCGCGACCCCGCCGCGCUGCGCACGCCCAGGAAGUUCUACUACAUCACCCUGCUGCGAGACCCCGUGUCCCGCUACCUGAGUGAGUGGCGGCACGUGCAGCGGGGGGCCACGUGGAAGACGUCGCUGCACAUGUGCGAUGGGCGCACGCCCACGCCCGAGGAGCUGCCGCCCUGCUACGAGGGCACGGACUGGUCGGGCUGCACGCUGCAGGAGUUCAUGGACUGCCCCUACAACCUGGCCAACAACCGCCAGGUGCGCAUGCUGGCCGACCUGAGCCUGGUGGGCUGCUACAACCUGUCCUUCAUCCCCGAGGGCAAGCGGGCGCAGCUGCUGCUGGAGAGCGCCAAGAAGAACCUGCGCGGCAUGGCCUUCUUCGGCCUGACGGAGUUCCAGCGCAAGACACAGUACCUGUUCGAGCGGACGUUCAACCUCAAGUUCAUCCGGCCCUUCAUGCAGUACAACAGCACGCGGGCGGGCGGCGUGGAGGUGGACGAGGACACCAUCCGGCGCAUCGAGGAGCUCAAUGACCUGGACAUGCAGCUCUACGACUAUGCCAAGGACCUCUUCCAGCAGCGCUACCAGUAUAAGCGGCAGCUGGAGCGCAGGGAGCAGCGCCUCAAGAGCCGCGAGGAGCGCCUGCUGCACCGCGCCAAGGAGGCGCUGCCGCGGGAGGACGCGGAGGAGCCGGGCCGCGUGCCCACCGAGGACUACAUGAGCCACAUCAUUGAGAAGUGGUAGUGGCAGCCGGUCAUGUGGGGCGGCCCCGCGAGGGCGGGGGGCGGGACAGGGGAGGGGAGAUCAGACAGACCCACCCACCCACCCGGAACUGUCGUGGGACGGGGGUCCCAGCUGCGCUCACCGGAAGGUAGAUGGCGCUAAACAAGGAUCAGGGAGUGGGGGUGUGGCGGCCCACGGGGUCUGAGGCAUCCACCCGUGCAGACCACCCCCCACCCCCGAGCCCCCGAGAGCGAGCCUGAGGGAUGCCGCGGCAGGCCUGCACAGGUGGGGCACAUGGUGUCCCUGCUCUCCUGCCCCCUGCUCUCACACAGUGGCCAGCCUAAGGUCUGCGACGAGAAACAGACAGCAGAGAGUGCAGAUCGGACCUGGCGGCCAGGAGCGGCCUACACCCACUGUGCACGCCUGCUGGCUCACUCCCCCGCAGGCCAGCCUGGGCCCAACACCAGCUCCUGGCAUCUUUCCAGGCCCAGGCCACCCAGGCAUCCCCUUGGCCUCCAGUGCCCCUGGGCCUGAGUGAAGCCCCUUGAGGUGUCCUCAGGAAUGGAGCUUCUAGCUCACCCAUCUUCAUGGUCAGGGCCCACCCCACCUGAAGCCAAGAAGACCAGUCCUGCCCCUGAGAAGCCCACUCUCUCUGACCCAAGGUCAAAAAACACACUCUGGCUUCUUGCUUUGGGUCAGGAGAUCAAAGCACACCUCCUGGGGCCCCUCCCCCCCAUCUCCCAUAGUCCUCAAGCUAAGGAGGGCUGCAGGGAGAUGGGCCCACAUGCACUGUCCCCUUCUGUGGAGAGAGAGUGGGAAGGAGUGGGAAGGCUGUGUCCUAGCACCUUCCCGCCCAGCUGGCCUUUGGGGGGUGACCACCAAGCCAGGCCAGCUCAGACAGAAAGAGUUUCCCCUGUCCCAUUUACCUUUCUGACCCUCUGAGAUUUGGUAACAGACUGGCCCUGGCCCUGGGGUCAUCACUUAGAUGUUUAUUCAGGGCUCAUACCCACUGUUCACACAGUCCCAUGUGCAGAAGUACAAUCAGGCCUCCAUUGGCUAGAACCCAGCAGACUCUACCUGCUGCCCACGAACCGUUCUUGGGGCCACUGUGGUUCUGCAUGUCCAAGAAAGGGGACUUGGGCUUUCUGAUUAUCGCUUAUAGAGUUGGAAGAAAUGGCUCUCAGUGGCUCCCCAGUACCCAGAUACACAGCCCUUCCCACCCCGCCUCUCCCUGCAUUUCCCUCUGCCCAACCCCUGACCACAAGCAGGUCAGGCCCUGUGCUUGGCAGCCCUGCAGAUUGGAGAAGCCAUGUUCUGUAUCCAUUGUAGACACUUCCCCCCUGCCUUGCCCGCCCUGUGCUCCAGGAGGCCAGGCUACUGCCUUCUCUGGGGGUAUUAUCCCCACAUGAGGCCCAAGACCUGGGAUCAGUGUGAGAUGGACAAGUGCCCUCUCCAGAAGAGGACCCACACGUGCCUGGAGGCUAUGAGCCUCCCUCGUGAGGGCAGUGAGGGCCACGGCCAGCCUGUUGAGGGCAGCAGUCUCUCAGGCAGAUUCUCCCAGGAGCCCUCCUCCCUGCCCCAGGUUCGCCUCGGCCGCCCCAGCUGUCCCAUCCCAGACAUGUGGGGGCGGGGAACCUUCCAUAGCACAGGAAACACUGCAGUGCUGUAAAUGAGCGGCCCUUAGUCUUCGCCUGCGUGGCAUAGGUAUGGUGCCCAUACCUCCUGCUUCCCACACUGACCACUUUAUCUUACAGUCCACAGGCUGUGCUUAGCCAGCCGGGCUGGGCAUCAUGCCUAUGCCACCCAGGAUCACUCCCAGAGUGGUGGUGUCAUGCUGAGCAGGCGGGCACCCAGGUGAUUUAGUGGUUCUUUCAAUGGGUAGUGAAGGUCAGCAUGAGGGGGGAGGGGGAGAGAUCUGACACUCAUCCUCUGGGGUGGGCGUGCUCCAGGGAGGAGUGUGGGAUGUGUUCAUGAGAGCUCUGGGGUCUCGGACAAGCACGUGAGGUGCUGGGGACUUGCUGUGGCCUUCACCAGGAGGUGGUCAAUGCCCACUCCUGGUGGGAAGCUCAGCCCCAUUCUGCCUGAGUCCCUGGGCACCCGGCCCUCCCGAGGUGGGCUUCCUGCGUGUGCCCCCUUGAGUGUAGGAUCUGUUUUGUACAUAUUGGAAUGUUUUAACUUAUGAUCCGUUGUCCCAAUUCACACGGAAACACGGGUCUCUCCUUGGUUUCUUUGCUGCAUCUGGAAAACGGUCCCGUGUGGGGCCAGUGCCCAGGCCAGCACCCAGAGAUAGCAGCAGGUGCCAGUGCCCUCGGCCCCUCACGCCUCCAGCCCGGCACUUCUGCUCAGGCCACCCUGCAUUAAGGUGGAAGCUUCUCGUGCCUGCCAUGUCCUCCAACACCACCACCGGCUGGGGAUCCACUGAAGGGGUGCCCCUCCCAGGGGCUCUGCAGGCGGCUGGGGGGACAGAGGCAGCACACGGUGAGCAAACGGCCCACUCCUCACACAGACCUGCAACAUCUCCUCCUGGAGGAGGAAACAGGGACGGCAAAACUGUCCGAGCAAUGAGUCUCUGACCUUUUUGGGAACUGGAAGUGUUUAACUUGAACACAGGAGCGUUUAAAGCUUUAUUUAUUUAUAGCUUCUUCUUAAAAAAAAGUGUUGAGAAGAAAUCUUUUGGUUAUCCAUACAAGAAAAACGAGUUGAUGAUGGAAAAGCAAGUCAUAAUCAUCUAAUUGUUUUUGUCUAGGUCAAGAAUGAAUGUUAGCAGAUGAAAUAAACCCUUGACAAGGA